UGGUUGCUUAGCAACCCUACGCUGACUGCUGAUCACUGGGCAGCGAGGAUCUGGAUGUCUGCAGCUUGCGUCCUGGAGGGCCAGACCCUGUGCUCCAGAACAUGGUGCUCCAGCGCGCCGUCCUCCUGGCCGGCCUCCUGGUGGAAGUUGCCAGCAAGUCCUCAGACAGUGCGGGCCAGCAGCCCGAGUGUUGUGUGGACGUGGUGGACGUCAAUGCCACCUGCCCAGGCACAAGCCUGUGUGGCCCAGGCUGCUACAGGCGCUGGAACGAGGAUGGGAGCGUCAGCUGUGUCCGCUGCAGGAACGGAACCUACAAGGGCUCUGAGUGCAGAGGCCUCGCUGGUCGAGGUGCACAGUUCCCGGUGAACAGAAGCGCAGGGACGCCUGGGCGGCCAAAUUUCAGGGGCCCUCAAGUGGCAGCCUCCCUUUUCCUGGGGACGUUCUUCAUCAGCUUGGGCCUCAUCCUCUCGGUGGCUGGGUUCUUCUACCUCAAGCGUGCCAGGAAACUCCCCAAGAUCUUCUACGGAAGAAACAAAGCCCCCGUCCUGCAGCCUGGAGAAGCCGCAGCGAUGAUUCCCCCGCCGCAGUCCUCAGCGCGGAAGUCGCGCUACGUCAGGCGUGAGAGGCCCUCAGACAGGGACACGGGCCCCACUGCUGUCUCCUCGGCGGAAGCCCGGGUCAGCAACGUCUGACCUGGGGCCCACCCACAACGCCGCACACCACCUUGGAGGGAGUCCAGCGCAUAAAAGGCAGGCACUGCCCAAUGC